ACUCGGAGCAAAAUUCACAUGCAGACUCGAAUGAAAUCAUCAGAAAUCAAAAGGUACAAACUUGCGUCUUACUAAAAAAGCAACAACUUCAUGAAUCAUUGUGCUCGUCUUUUGCAGAGAUAAAUAAUACAGAUUUGGAGUCUUGCACUGUGCCUAAUUGUUUUGAGAUGAAUUAAUGUCGUUUUUUGCAAGUUGCCUAAUGGAAGACAUAAUAGCGACUAAAGUGGCUUUCAACAUGAAUCCCACGAACUAAUAAAGCGCUCCAACAUCCACACAGCAAACGGCGGAACACGUUGUGUUGAGGCAACACCGGUGUCAGCGUGAGGAGUAUUCAAGGAAGCCACCGGGAAUACAACUUUUAUCAUGAGCGGAACCAAACAAACCAAACCAAAGAUGGAGGACGAGGCCGUGCUGGACCGCGGGGCGUCCUUCAUCAAGCAUGUCUGCGAUGAUGAGGAAGUCGAAGGUCACCACACCAUCUACAUCGGCGUGCGCGUUCCCAAGAGCUACCGGCGACGGCGACGCCACGGACGCAGGCGGACUGGCCACAAGGACAGGAAGGAGAAGGUGACGGAGACGGCCUCCGACAAGUCGGACACGGAGACCAACGACGAGCCCAGCAACAGCAUCCUCAAACCUCUCAUCUCACCGGCGGCCGAGCGGAUCCGGUUCAUCCUGGGCGAGGAGGACGAUGGCCCGGCGCCCCCGCAGCUUUUCACCGAAUUGGACGAGCUGUUGUCCGUCGAUGGUCAGGAUAUGGAGUGGAAGGAGACGGCCAGGUGGAUCAAGUUUGAGGAAAAGGUGGAGAAGGGGGGCGAGCGCUGGAGCAAACCCCACGUGGCCACGCUCUCCCUGCACAGCCUGUUCGAGCUGCGCACGUGCAUCGAGAAGGGCACCAUCCUGCUGGACCUGGAGGCUAGCACACUGCCCCAGGUGGUGGAGAUGAUCACGGACAGUCAAAUAGAGAACGGUCAGUUGAAGGCUGACCUCAAAGACAAGGUGACGUACACCUUGUUGAGGAAACACCGUCACCAGACCAAGAAGUCCAACCUUCGCUCACUCGCUGAGAUUGGCAAGACGGUCUCCAGCGCAAGUAGGCUGUUUUCCAACACGGACAAUGCCCGUAGUCCUCUCGAAAACUCUGUGCCUUGUCUCACGGCUCGCACCUCCGAGGAGGAGAUGCCAGUCCAGAGGAGUCCGAGCAUGGGAUGGCUUAGUAGCCCUGCCACCGCACACAGGAAUAUAUCCUCCAGCAGUAUGAAUGACAUCUCUGACAAGCCUGAGAAGGAUCAGCUGAAGAACAAGUUCAUGAAGAAGUUGCCCAGAGACGCAGAGGCCUCCAAUGUGCUGGUGGGGGAGGUGGACUUCCUGGACGCUCCGUUCGUAGCCUUUGUGCGUCUGCAGCAGGCUGUCAUGCUGGGAGCCCUGACUGAAGUCCCUGUCCCCACAAGAUUCUUGUUCAUCCUUCUUGGUCCCAAAGGCAAAGCGAGGUCGUACCAUGAAAUUGGGAGAGCCAUUGCCACUCUCAUGUCUGAUGAGGUCUUCCACGACAUUGCAUACAAAGCCAAGGACAGGCAAGAUCUGUUGGCCGGGAUCGACGAGUUCCUUGAUGAGGUCAUUGUCCUCCCGCCUGGAGAAUGGGACCCUACCAUCAGGAUAGAACCUCCAAAGUCUUUGCCUUCUUCAGACAAAAGGAAGAACAUGUACUCUGGAGGAGACAACAUGCAUAUGAAUGGAGACACGCCCCAUGAAGGGGGUCAUGGUGGAGGGGGCCACGCAGUGGGUGAUGAACUGAAGAGGACUGGAAAGUUUUGCGGUGGCCUUAUACUUGACAUCAAGCGCAAAGCGCCGUUCUUCGCCAGUGACUUCUAUGAUGCGGUGAACAUCCAGUCUCUGUCAGCAAUUUUAUUCAUUUACCUGGGGACUGUGACCAACGCCAUCACAUUCGGCGGUCUGCUGGGGGACGCCACCGAAAACAUGCAGGGCGUGCUGGAGAGCUUCCUGGGCACCGCGGUCUCUGGAGCGGUCUUCUGCCUGCUGGCCGGUCAACCCCUCACCAUCCUCAGUAGUACUGGCCCCGUGCUGGUCUUCGAGAGGCUGCUCUUCAAUUUCAGCAGGGAUAAUGAGUUUGACUAUCUGGAGUUCCGGCUGUGGAUUGGCUUGUGGUCGGCCUUCUUCUGCCUGGUCCUGGUGGCGACGGACGCCAGCUUCCUGGUGCAAUACUUCACCCGCUUCACCGAGGAGGGCUUCUCCUCGCUCAUCAGCUUCAUCUUCAUCUAUGACGCCUUCAAGAAGAUGCUGAAGCUGGCCCACCACUACCCCAUUGACGCCAGCUACAGGAUGGACCUGGUCACUCAGUACGACUGCAUGUGUAUGGCGCCCACUAUAGAUAACAGCUCAGGACUAGUGCCGGAAACAAUGGAUGGAAACGAUCUGUUUUUCUACAACAUCACCGACAUGCCCAUGAACGCCACAUGGUCAUCCCUGACGCGCUCCCAGUGUCUAGAGUACAAGGGUGAGCUGGUGGGCAAGGCGUGCCAAUUUGUGCCGGACAUCACGCUCAUGUCCUUCAUCCUCUUCUUCGGCACCUACACCUGCUCCAUGGGGCUCAAGAAAUUCAAGUUCAGCCCCUUCUUCCCCACCACGGUGAGGAAGCUGAUUAGUGACUUUGCCAUCAUCCUGGCCAUCCUGAUCUUCUGUGGUGUGGAUGCACUGGUGGGAGUAGGCACGCCCAAGCUCAUUGUGCCUACUGAAUUCAAGCCCACGAGUCCCAACCGUGGCUGGUUCGUGCCUCCAUUCGGGGGCAACCCCUGGUGGGUGUACCUGGCGUCGGCUCUACCUGCCCUUCUCGUUACCAUCCUCCUCUUCAUGGACCAGCAGAUCACCGCCGUCAUCGUCAACCGCAAGGAGCAUAAGCUGAAGAAAGGAGCGGGCUAUCACCUGGACCUGUUCUGGGUGGCCGUACUCAUGAUAGUGUGCUCCUUCAUGGGUCUGCCCUGGUACGUGGCUGCCACUGUUAUCUCCAUCGCCCACAUCGACAGCUUGAAGAUGGAGACGGAGACCUCGGCCCCUGGAGAGCAGCCCAAGUUCCUGGGAGUCAGGGAGCAGCGUGUCACCGGCGUGUGUGUCUUCAUCCUCACUGGCCUCUCCGUUUUGAUGUCCCCUAUCCUCAAGUUCAUCCCCAUGCCUGUGCUGUACGGAGUCUUCCUCUACAUGGGUGUGGCUUCUCUCAACGGAGUACAGUUCAUGGACCGUCUGAAGCUGCUCCUCAUGCCAGCCAAACACCAGCCGGACCUUGUCUACCUGCGUCACGUGCCGCUGCGCAAGGUCCACCUCUUUACCUUCCUCCAGGUGCUCUGCCUGGCUGCCCUCUGGAUCCUUAAGUCCACUGUGGCAGCCAUCAUCUUCCCCGUCAUGAUUCUGGCCCUAGUCGCUGUGAGGAAAGCCAUGGACUAUCUUUUCUUACAACAUGAACUCAGCUUCCUGGACGACGUCAUACCUGAGAAAGACAAGAAGAAGAAGGAGGACGAGAAGAGAAAGAAGAAGAAAAAGAGGGGAAGCAUAGACAGUGAUGUUGAGGAUGAGAAAAGUCCACUUCAUUCCUUGAUCGGCACACCUCCUGCUGAGAGGAAAUACUACUACCAGGCCAACUCAAUGUCAAGUCCUGAAAGACUUCCAUUAAAUGUGCCUCAAAUUAGAAUAGACAUGGACCCUGAUGACAACGGAUACUUCUGGAAAAGCAGGGGCUCUGAGACGUCCCUUUAGCCCCUGCCCCCCUGCCCCCCUACCCCCAUGCCAUCAUGGAGACACCCCUGUGUGUGACACUAUGGAUGACGACGGACUCUUUGAGAAAAUCAGGGGCUCGGAGAUGUCCCUUUAGCCCCACAACAUCUACUCCUGCCGUUGUGUAGAUACACCCAUGCCGAUCACCAGUGGACCAAACCUCGCUGACUACCUUUCAGUGAAAACAACAAAUGAACUUGGAAUGAUACACUGAUGGAAUAAUGAUGUGUGUGUGUGUGCGUGUGUGUGUGUGUGUGUGUGUAUGUGUGUGUGAGAGAGAGAAAACUUGUCUUUACAUCUCAGAUGUAUGUAACUCCUAACUACUAUGCAAAUCCAGCUUGCUCAUUUCUGCUGUUUUCUAGAGAUGACCUUUCUGAGUCCCUAUGAUGCUCACAACACGGUCCAAUUCUUCACCUUUUUAUAAUGUUUUUCAUCAUGACUUGUCAAUCCAAUAUCUUCUUUUCAAUUCCUCUCCCCUCAUUUUUAUAUGAGGAACUACUGUAAUUAUGUCUUUUCCUAUUGGAGGAAAAAUAAUAUCUAUACAUAUAUAAAUAUACAUAUUGUAGCUCUACCUCUUAUUUUAGGUGGCAGGCAUUCUGUAAAGAAAAUAAUUAAUUAUAAAUGUUUUCUUUUGAUAUUUACAAAAGCAUGGGAUGGUAAUAAUGUUAAUAUUCUAUAUGUAUACUGUAGAGCACCUCUGGAACAGUGGAGGAGGUUUGACUGAGUAAUGAACAAAUUCCUGUGACAGAAAUGGUAAUGUGCUUUUAACAGAUCAAUUAAUAUUUUAAAUGAAAUGUAUGGCAUUGCUGCUGGUUUCAUAUCUCUUACCAAUGCCUCACAAGUGGAAUAUAUUGUAACAGGUGAUUUGUCCCUUAACAAGGAAAGGUCCUGAUGUUUCUAUUUAAAGGAUUUGGCUGUGGAGAUUUGUCAUUUAAAUAUGAUACAUUUUGCACAAAAGUGACAUUUAUUCCCAUUUGUGUCUCUUGAUUAUUGCAAACAUGCUGUAGGCCAUAUGCACACUUGACUUCUGUAGACGAUAAAGUGAACAAUGUCAUGUUUACUCACAAUACUAGAACUGCUUGUACUGCACAAACAAUGAUGUACCUAAGUGGCUUAAAUGAACACAAACUGCAAGAACACCGAGUUGUUCCGUGGCAUAACUCAAACGUCUCACAACAUUGUGCAUUAAUAGAAUGGGACAGCGACCCGUAGGAAAAAAAAUAAUAAUGGUGUAGAUUUUCAGGUUCUUGUUUUUUCAGGCUGUUAAGCACUUGCAAAAGACUCAUGUUAUCGUUUGAAAGAAUAUCCCUUUUUUUACAAAACGAAAACAAAAUGAAAACAUGUUUUUUAGUUUGACAUCAGCCACAAGAGCAAGUUUUAAGUGAAGAACAAGGCACUGAGGAGAGGUGUGCAUGUGUUAAGCCAGAUGGCCUGAAGUUUUUGAGCCUUGAGUUUUAUUUUGUCCUGUGCGUCCAUCUUGGUCAUUCAAAUGUCUUUUUUCCCAUGACUUCAAUAUUUUCUUGAUCUUUUUUUCUGACGUUCAAAAAUCAGUAGUUCUGUACAAAUGUUGUUAUAAUAGCUGAUGUAUUUUUUUUUCAAAAUCAACUUUUAACCUUGUAAGUAUAUGAAUGAAUUUUUAACUUAUAUUUGGGGUAUAUACUUGGGGAUAGCUGAUUUAAUCAAGAUAUCUACAGCAUUAAUGCAUGGAAGAUAAAUUCUAGCAUAUUUAACCAUGACAGUAUUAAUUCUAGUGUGUUUAAAACAUUUUAAUCACAUCUUGUGACUUUAUAGAACAAACACACAGUGGUGAUUAUUCUAGAAUUUAUAUUUUUCAAAUGAAAUGAAUAUUAAAAAAUAAACAGAAUUUAUUCAAUGUCUA